AUGUCAACCGCUGAUCAUCCCCAGACCGAUGGCCAAACGGAACGGGCCAAUCGAGUCGUGGCAGAUGUGUUGCGUACAGUAGCAACUCCCAAAGAAUGGAGCAAGCAAUGCCAUUCGUGGAGUUCGCUAUCAAUAACAUUGUUCACGCCAGUACGGGUGAAACACCGUUUUACAUUAACGGACUGCGUCAUCCUCGAACGCCAGUCUCGUUUUUACGCAGCCCGAGUCUUAGUGGGGAAGGGCCCCUCACUUCGCUCGGUGCGAAUGCCUAAGAGGGCCAAGGUUGCCCUAGUGACACUGCUAGUUUAG